AUGUACGGCCAGGGCCAGUACGCUUUCCCGGGCAGUUACGGCGGAGCAAAUGUGCAGUCACCCGGCAUGUACACUCCUCACGGUACUCAGUACAUGCCGCAGCUCAACUACGGCGGUUACCAGCAGCAUGACAACAGCCCAUUGUCCCAGAACUGGACGCCAACCACCGCCGGCGCUACUGGUGAAGUGCCUACUCUGAUUACGCCUCGCCGCGACUCCAUCUCGUCCAAUGAGAAUGACCAACCGACCACUCCCUCCUAUGCCGGAUAUCCUGGCUUUGCUCACAGUGGUGUCGCGAUCAAUAGGUCUCCCAGCGGUGUCUUCACUCACAGCACUCCAUCGCCGACCUCCAUGGUCGGUCCAUACGGCAUGCCUGUUGCAAAGCAGCCUGAGCAGAGCGAGGUGUCUCCUCGUAUCAAGCUGCUCAUCUCCAGGGAGCCAGCAAUUCCUCGUGCCAUCCCAGCUCCGUCCUCACCACUGAAGCCACUGGACCGUGCCUUGGAGAACCAGCGAGGCGAGACUAAUGUCUACAUCCGAGGUCUCCUGCCAGAGACUACCGACGAGAUGCUGGAGCAGUGGGGAACUCGCUUUGGCGACAUCAAGAGUUCAAAGUCCAUCAUCGACCUCAACACUGGUCUCUGCAAGGGCUUUGGCUUUGUCAAGUACCACAACUAUGAAGACGCCGAGAAUUGCAUUCGCGGAUUCCACUACCUUGGAUACGAAGUCAGCUUCGCCCGUGAGUCGUUCUACUCGAAGCUGAAGACAUUCUCCGACGAGAACAACACCAACCUCUACGUCUCCAACUUGCCAAAGACCAUGAACGAGCACGAACUGGCCCAGCUCUUCGCUCCACAUAAGGUCUUUGAGUCUCGAGAUGCUUGCGAAGAGGUCAUCAAGACGUUCAACAACCACACCAUCAAGUCUCAAGGCGAGGAGCUCCAGAUCCAGAUCCGCUACGCCGACACCCAGGAGCAGAAGGCCUUGAAGCAGCAGACACAGGCUGCUCGCCAGUUCCGGUCGGCUGAGUACGAGUACGCAACACAAGCUUGGCGCCAGGGCCGUCUCCCAUAUGCUGGCUCGGCGGUGCACGACAACAAUCAGAACACUAACGAGUUCGACCAGUACCUUGGCACCAGCGCGUCCGUGCCAAUCCAAGGCCAGCGUUGGGCUCAAUCAGCAAUCCGUCAGGCUCCAGGCCGCAGCCCGCUUGGCGGCAUGCCGUACACUGGUGCCUCCCAGCAGCAGCCACCACUCGUUCAGAUAAACGUCGCCUCUGGUACCGAGACACAAGCCGCCACGCCCGAGACCACUGUCGACGCCAAGGCUGCACCCGCCACCUCGCCGGCUACUGCCCACGCUCACAGCCCAGUUGACUCUGCUGCUGCUUCGGAGCAGGAGUAA